GUCACAGCCAGCCAGUCGUGAGUUUUCAUUAGGAUCGGACGCAUUGUCGGAACGGAACGGAACAGGCUUGCGUUGCAAUUUUUGCUAUCCUUACCCCUCACUCUCUUUCUCUCCGCCGUCGCCACCGCCGCCGCCACCGUCGUCGUUGUCGUUCAGGACAUAUGUCACACAUCAGUUAAUAGUGUUCCUGCCUUUUCCCUCCGUGCCCGUUCCGCACCGCACUGUUCAUAACGUUGUGUGGAAGAAGAAUAAUAAAGUAAACUUUUCGAUUCCGGCCGUAUCAGUGCGAGUGUGUUAUCUGUGCAGCUUUUUCCGGCUCUCCUUCAGGAAGAUGUUUGAAUAUUUCAUCAGCCACAUAUGGGAUGCGCCGUAGUAACUUUUUUACGAUGAAAACCUCACCGGAUUUGAUUACACUCCGCUCGGGCUGGAAUAAGACCACCUGCAGUUUGCUUGCUCCUGCAGGUAGGCAAACAAUUGUGAUUGACCAGAAUCUCAGAAGGAUUGGACAAGUGCGGACUUAGUUCCCCAAUGGAAAAGUUCAAAGGAGAAGAAACAAAAGUAUUAACAGCAUGUGCACUCGCGAAGCCGUCAGGAUCCGUGAAAACUAGUGUGCGUUCCGGGUUUUGUGUCUAGUUCUACUCUCCGUUUGUGUGUGAGUUUUUUACGGAGUGUGUUUUUCCAUAUCCAUACCUGUCUGUUUUUCGUUUUCCUACGGUGAGUGUUUAAUUCCCUGUCGGUCGAUUUCCUUCGGUGACCCAGUUUCCACCGCCCGCAUUCUGUAUUUUCUCUCUGUCCAUCUCUCUCUCUCUCGCACUCCGAAUGUAGGAUAGUUAAAUGCAGGAAAAGUUGUUCAACAGAGGAAAAAGCAGAAAAAAUGCCAUAUAAUGUGAUUUAUCUGCAGUGCGCGAUUUUCAGCAUAACAGUGAAGAGCCUGUCUCCUUUUCCUCCCACGACCUCGGUAUGAAAAUACGCCGAGCGAGAAAAGGAAAUGAAUUGAUAAAAUCUUGAAUACUAACCAUCCUUGGCCGGGAAAAUAAGAAAAAAAGUAAAAGAGUACAGUGUGUAAGCAGCAGCGAGUGAAACGAUGGCCUACAUAGCGGCAGUGCAAUUUACCGCGAACCGGAGGAAUUCGCCGGAACCACUUGAAAUGUCGGUCGAUUUCCGGAGAAAUCGCUAGGAAGCGGGUUGUGCUGUUCCUGAUUCGCGCCGGUCGACCGGUAGCGUCUCCAUUUAAUUGUACACCGAAGCAAAGGAAGAAGAAGAGCCGCCUGUGUAGGUUAGAAAAAUUGUCCGUUCAUUCAGUCUUUCAGCUUCGACGAAAUAAAAAAAAAAAACAACCCAGCAUCAGCAUCAGCAAGGCGGCAGUUUCCAGCAAGAGAAAUGCCCGGUAUCGUCGUGUUCCGUCGACGGUGGUCAGUCGGGUCGGAUGACCUGGUUGUUCCCGGUCUGUUUCUCUUCGUCAUCCAUCUGAUAUGGCUCCUAGUGCUGGCCGUGGUUACUGGCGUGUUCCAUUAUGACCUCUCGGUACGAUGCAUAGAACUGCUGUGGUACUUUCAAAUCGGCUAUUUAGCGAUUCUGGGCCUUUGUGCCCUACUCGAGUUAGCAAUAUGCGUUGUUUCGAUGCGGGGCAGCAUCCUCGAUACGGGACCCCGUGUGGCAAUGCCAUAUCUGCUGUACAUACGAAUUCUAGUCAUGCUGUUGGACCUCACCUGGCUGAUAUUGGGUGUGGUGUGGAUGAAAGAUCAUUACCUCGACUGUCCGAUUCAGGAACCGAAGGAGACGAUACUGGCGGUGAUCAUCUGUAAUCUGCUGGUGAUCUUCAGUAUGGUGACUACAAUCUGGUGCACCUUUGAUCCUGCGGGACGGUCCUGGGUGAAGAUGAAAAAGUAUCAACGAUCGAUGCGGGAGUCCGAGUCUCGGUUUAACUAUAAACGAAGCGGCAGCCGGAGUCGCAACUGGCGCCAGCGGAAGGUGAUACGAGCCUACCAGGACAGCUGGGAUCAUCGGUGCCGACUGUUGUUCUGCUGUAUGGGCAACAGCGAUCGCAGCCGGAAUUCGUUCACCGACAUCGCCCGACUGUUGAGCGAUUUCUUCCGCGAUCUUGACGUGGUGCCGUCCGAUGUCGUAGCCGGUUUGGUGCUGCUGAGGAAGUUCCAAAAGUUGGAACAGGAGGCGACGGUUCGACAGCGUAAAAACGGCACCUACGAGUUCCUAUCGGGUGUUCCCAUCACCGCCAACACUCACUUUCUGGCGUUGAACGACUCGAAAGACUACGACCACUUUCAGACUGUGAUUCGUUAUAUGUAUUUCGCCCAGGGUGCCUACGGGUGGCCAAUUUUCCUAAUGACUCACUCCCGGACUGGAAUUUGCCAGCUGGGGUCCGAGCUGACCUGCUGCCUGUCGUGCUGCCGACGGAAAUCCGGCGUCGAUGUGAUUGAGGAUAACUGCUGCUUCUGUAACUACGCUGCCCUCAAGAAGAUGCUACAAGUUGGAGAGGUGGAGGUAAUCUACGCAACAUAUCACGUGGAUAUCGGAGAAACACCGUUCUUUGUUGCGGUUGAUUACAACUAUGGCAAGGUGGUGGUCAGCAUACGGGGUACCCUUAGCAUGAAGGAUGUUCUGACUGAUCUAAACGCUGAGGGCGAGUGUCUGCCGUUGACACCACCACGAGAGGAUUGGCUGGGACACAAAGGUAUGGUACAGGCGGCAAUCUACAUCAAAAACAAGCUGGAGGAGGAAAAUCUCAUCCAACGGGCGCUUGCUCACAAUCCGGCCCGGGGGACGCCAGACUUCGGGUUGGUUCUGGUGGGACACUCGCUGGGCGCCGGAACGGCGGCGAUAUUGGCAAUUUUGAUGAAACAGCAGUACGACGAUUUGCACUGUUACAGCUACUCACCACCAGGGGGAUUGUUGAGCAUGCCAGCAGUGGAGUACAGUAAAUCCUUCAUCACCUCGGUGGUGGUUGGCAAGGAUGUGGUCCCCCGGAUCGGUCUUCACCAAAUGGAGGCCCUGCGAGCGGAUCUGAUCAACGCCAUCCAGCGGAGCAUCGAUCCCAAGUGGAAGACGAUAGCCUGCUCGGUUAUCUGCUGCUGCUGCGGACCGGAACCCACCUCGGUGACGGAAAUGUCCACCAAGGUGGAGAACGUUCAACGCUACGAACAGGAUCGAAACAGUGCCCGCCAAAGCACGGUGCAUCCGAAUGACAACUCCAUCGCACUGACGCUCCACCAUCCGCUCUAUCCGCCGGGACGGAUCAUCCACAUCGUUCGUCAUCAUCCUAGCCAGGAAGAACACAAGUACGAGAAAGGUUGGAGACAAAUGCUCAAAAAGCACGAACCAGUCUACCAGGCGAUCUGGGCCAACAACACGGACUUUGACGAGGUGCUUAUCUCUCCGGUGAUGCUGCAGGAUCACAUGCCGGACAAGGUGCUGGCGGCACUGAACAAGGUUAUAACCACCGUUGGCCCCCGGAAACCCCAGCGCCAAUCAUCGAACGCCAACUCUUCAAUCGCUUCAGACUUCGACGGGGGUCUGCUCCCGGAUGGACAACAGCAGCUCAUCUCCGCUGGCCAACCGACGGGAGUCUCUUCUUCGCUGCAGAGUCCGGCCUCACCUUCUGUACUGCACAAAAUUUGCCUGGAAACAUCGUUCACCAGUCUUCAGUCACCCCUGGAUCACAACCCCCCUAGUAAGGCUUCUUCCGUUGCGGGAAGUAUCCUGGGGUUACGCAGCCAGCUCUCGAGUACCGUAGAUGACAGCGGCAUUCCGCAGAGUCUGUCCGGUCCCAGCGAGGCGACAACCGUGAUAUUGAACGAUCCUCUCCACAGCCACUAUCACAAUCACCAACAGCCGAGGGCGUCCAGUUCGGCAAGCAAUGCGACCACUGCCAAGACGGUCAACUUCAGCACAUCUCCGAAGAUACGAACGGCACCAGCUCCACCUGCAAGCAACAACUCCCAGAAGAAACCGAACAGCUUGUCGUGGAACGGCACCCGGCAGAACUCUUGCGAGAUCAAGAAGAUUGACCUCAUCCACGACGAUUGGUUCGGCCUGGCUCCACUAGCCAGUCCAGAAAGUUUGUCGGAACUAUCCAGCAUCAGCUCGCGGGCUAGUUUCGGAGCUAACCUAGCGUCCAGUAUUGAUCGGUACCUGGAGAAGAUCACCGAAAGUAACGAGCGUGGACAGAAAGGUGACGGAUCCGAUCCCCUGCUGGAGUCCCAACUUCAUACUCCCAAAAUUAUGCGGCGGACACCGAAGGUUAGCGGUAAUCUGUCGAUGUGUGCCGAGGACAUGAAAACUAUCAACAGUUACAAGCGGAUGGGUAAGAUCUUCGUGCUGAAUCGCGCUCCCUCGGAUAGUGACUCUACGAUGGACAGUUAUGAGUCGGCACAUAACGUAAUCGUUCUAGACGGUAACGGAAUCAUUGGUAUGGAAGAACUUGGAGGCACCGCUGGGAGCUCACCGAUCAAAGAGAACUCCAAAUCGGCGGAUAAUCUAGACGAGUUCAACUCAAGGCAAGCGACAACGGGCAACGCUGGCAGCAGUAGUAGUGGCGGAACCAAAAAGACCUCAUUUACCGUUAGUGAUAGUGCGAUCCAGCACGAAUGCACCUCGAAUUGUCCCUCGUGUCCCUGUCGGCGCUCGCCGGGUGGACCUUGUUGCCAGAAGUUCAAUCAUCGGGAUUGCUACAACUACAAGUACACUUCGUUCAAUAUUUUUAAGUUCAACAGCAGCCGGGAUCGGGAAGGCAGCAUGCGGGAUAGUAAAACGGCCAGCUCUAGCGACACUUAUCAUAGCGCGAUGUCGUCCUUGACCGGCGACCUCGACCACAGUGGCACCAGUACAAAUACCUUCAACUCUAGCAACAGUAGCAGCAGUAGAACCCUCCAGAAUACCUGCCUAAAGCCGGGAGUACUAGAAUCUCACUUCCCUGUCUACCCGGAGACAGUUUCCGACGAACGUCUGUCCCUGCUGUCGACGACCAACGAAGGCAGCCCCGUUCGACUCGCAACCGUAGCGACAAUAAACAGCCAACGUUUGAGCCUAAAACAUCAGUUCUGUCCAACCGGAAGCAGCAGCAACACCAACAAACGCCACAACGAGGAAGACCUGAAUGCGUUCUCUCGCAAUGAGUCCCUCCCGCUGUUGGCCAAUCUGGUGGAAAAAUCCUCCCCCACAAAGUACGUCCGCAAGAAGCAUUCCGCAGUGUACCCGAGCGAAGUCGGCUAUCCGUUCGCGACCGCAGGUUUCAGUGCUAGUGGUGGUGGCAGCGGCAGCAGUAAUGGCGGUGGCAGCAUCGCAACCAUCCAUUCGUCCUCAUCGUAUUCGUCCGUCAACACCUCCUCGUCGCCCAGUCGGCAAAAAACCCAGAAGAGCGAAAGCAGCGUAUGAGAUCCGAGCAGCAACAACGACAACGUCGACGAAACGAUAGUCUGAGAAUCUCGAACCAAAACCAAAAAAAAUGAAAGUCAAACUCUAGUCUACUGUACUUUUCUUGUUCCCCUUCACUGAUUUUAGGUACUGACGAGUAAAAUAGUGAUUUUUUAUUGCUGCGUGCUGUGAUUACUUUUAACUAAUUUACUUCUGCUUUGUCAAAAGUAUUCGAACCCUUAUUCUCUGUUUGUUAAACAUUUGACAACUUCCUAGCUGCCUACCUGCAAUAGUGAACUUCGCAACAAUUGAGAUGAAUGAGAUGAUGAUGACCUUAAGUAAUUGAUUGAUAUGAACGACUUUAGGUUUCAGACUUUAGCUCAUUAAUUUCAUUUCAGUUUCUGACAUUAAGCGAAAUGAAUACUUAGUUUCAGAAUUCUGCAAGAGCAGUAAUGAUUUUUAGAAAUUUCAACCUGUUAACGUUCUGCUAGCCCCUGGUUGAGAAUUGUUUUACUGUUGUCAAAACACCAUCGUUCUUAAUUUAUCAUCUCCCUGUCAGUGCCCAGAUAACAAGCAAUUAAAUAAAAAUAGUACUCCGGAUUUGUUUGGAGAAAAAUUGAAAUAUGGUUCGAUAAUUAAGGAUGAUUUUCGCGGAUCCAGGAUUUUUUUUUAUAGUUGAUAAUUUUCCUAACUUAAGUCAAAAAACCACUCACCUGUUUGAAACCUUCCUAGAGUUCGAGGUCACCAUCAUCAUCAGCAUCCUUCUUCUCCAGUCUCUCGCAUGAAAAGCUAGCCUUGUCGAAGUUGUGAAACUUGCGAGAUCUAAUCAGUUCUAGUCAGUGCAAAACGAAAGAAAAAAUACGAUAAUGAUGUGCCAAACCAACAGCGCAUUUAUUGGCUAAGUUAAACACUCACACAAACAUACAACACACACACAGUAGGGGAAUCAGAAAAAGUCAAUUUUACUAUACAAACCAUAAAAGAAAAGAACACAAGAACCACACUUCUGUCGACAAAUUGUGUGUUAAGCAAUUGUGGAAUGAUAAACAUACUAACUCUUUAGACACUAGCAAAUAUACAAAUAUUUCGAAUUUCAGGAGAAAUUACUAUUGUAGAGCAGAAAAACUUGAUAUUAAAAAAACCUAGAUGAUCACGAGAUAUAAAGUUUAGAAUUUUUACAUUCAACUUCAACUUGUAUUAUAAUUGUUACUAUGAUAUCAGAACUACAAAGAACAACCAAAAAAAAUAACAGAACCAGAGUUUAGCGCAAGACGAAAUGUUAGAAAAAGGUCUGAAUAUUCUAAAUUUUGUACAUACGAACAGUCCUGCUGCGUAAAAUUUAUUAGUGCUGGAAUGGAGAGUGAAAAAGGUAAACAAGCCAGAAGCAGCAGGAUCGUUCACCCGAGAGACAUGGAAACAAUAACGAAAUAAAACACACACUAUACCCAAUAUAGCCAAUCAGCCGCGGCACCUUGUCGGUCCCCGGUUGGUCCGGUUACGAACAAACAAAUAGAAGGAAAAAAAACAAAACCAAUUGAAGGACAGUUUUAGUGAAAGUAAUUUGAGAGAAAGAGAAACGCACAUUUUGUGUCGUUCCCCGUUUUGCAUUAUUACCACAAAUAGUAAACCAGCUAACAAAAAUCUAAACUAGUGAAAUCUAAAAAAACAAACAUGUCAACAUUAACGAUGUCAAAUUGAUUGGGAGCAGAACAAAAAAUAAACAGACGUUUCAAAUUAAAGUAAAGCAGUAAGCGAAAUGAUAAAUUAAAUAUAUAUCUACUAAAAUCCUCUCAUAUUGAAUCAGUCAGAAACAGUAUGAUGCAUUAUUACUGUUUAGAGAAAAUAUAUUUGUUAGUUGAUUGAGAUAACGAAGAAAGUGGAAUAAAUGAUUCUCCUAUCGAAAA